AAGUAACGCUUGAAUUAAGAAAACAAGAAAAUUGAAUCAUGAAAAAAGUGUGGGCAGUUUUCUUCAUGUCCGGCUUCAUAUGUGCCAGUUCCCAGUAUAUUUAUUUGAAUGAAAGAAACGACUGCAACCGUAAUGAAGAGAAUAUUGGAACACUUUCUGCUCUUCUGGACGAGAUGAAAAAGAUUCAGCACGAAGUGGAUGAACUACGGAAGGAAAAUGUGGAACUCAAAGAUUUGGUAACAAACCUUUCGACGACUAAACUUCAACAAGAAGUGUUUGAACUGCGGCGGGGUUAUAGGGAAAUUAAGGAUUUGCUGACAAACCUUACACCAAAAGGAUCCAAACUGAGUUCAAAUUGUAAGGAUCUAUAUGUAAACGGACAAGCAAUCUGGUGUUUAUGAAAUAUAUCCCUUUGAAAACAAUAGCCAAAAGAGCGUGUACUGCGAUAUGGAGACAGAAAGUGGAGGGUGGACAGCAAUCCAGAAACGUACGAGUGGAUCAGUCAGUUUUGACAGGACAUGGACGGAGUAUAGAGAUGGUUUUGGUUAUCCUAAUGAUUCUUAUUGGAUUGGGAAUGACGUGAUUCAUCAACUUACUAAGGGAAGUAACUCAUCCCUGUACGUCUCCAUCACAUUACAAAAUGGUACAACCCUGUAUGAACGUUAUCAUCAGUUUUCUGUGUCGGGUGAAGAUGACAUCUACAAACUAUUUCUUGGAGGUCCAGCAUCUGGAACUUUAGGUGACCGUAUGUUAGACACCGGUUCUCCUGAUUACUUAGAUCUGUCUGGGAUGUCAUUCUCCACUCCGGAUAGAGAUAAUGAUAGAUAUAUUGGUAAUUGUGCUGCUCUCAGUAGCCGUAGAGGAGGCUGGUGGUUUAACUGGUGUAACUCCGCCUUCCUUAACGGUCCCUGGUCCUCGGCACUUUGGUCGACACCAUGGCAUCCUACAGUGACCGAUGGCAGACUAAUUCAAGAGACUCUCAUGAUGAUAAAGUCCUCCUGA